CGCAUUAGGGGUGCCUAGUGACGGUGGGUAGUGGGAGCUGCAGCGUCGGUGGCGCUUCCGUUUCGAGUCUUUCUCAGCGGGGAGUCCGAGCGACCCGGCUCGAGGGUCCGCGGCCGUUAGUAGGCCCGCCCGCUGGGUGGGGACCGGUCACCGCCGCGAUGUCCAUCUUCACGCCCACUAACCAGAUCCGCCUGACGAACGUGGCCGUGGUGCGCAUGAAGCGCGCGGGGAAGCGCUUUGAAAUCGCUUGCUACAAGAACAAGGUCGUGGGCUGGCGCAGCGGCGUAGAAAAAGACCUUGAUGAAGUCUUGCAGACCCACUCGGUAUUUGUAAAUGUCUCUAAAGGCCAAGUUGCUAAAAAGGAAGAUCUUAUCAGUGCCUUUGGGACUGAUGACCAGACGGAAAUCUGUAAACAGAUUUUAACAAAAGGAGAAGUACAAGUGUCAGAUAAAGAACGGCACACACAACUGGAGCAGAUGUUUAGGGAUAUUGCAACAAUUGUGGCAGAUAAAUGCGUUAAUCCCGAAACAAAGAGACCAUACACUGUCAUCCUCAUUGAAAGAGCAAUGAAGGAUAUCCACUAUUCUGUCAAACCCAACAAGAGUACAAAACAGCAGGCUUUGGAAGUAAUAAAGCAAUUGAAGGAAAACAUGAAGAUUGAGCGAGCCCAUAUGAGACUUCGAUUCAUCCUACCUGUGAGGGAAGGAAAAAAACUAAAAGAAAAACUCAAACCGUUGAUCAAGGUGAUAGAAAGUGAAGACUUUGGUGAACAGUUAGAAAUUGUAUGUCUAAUUGACCCGGGCUGCUUCAGAGAAAUCGAUGAGCUGAUACAGAGAGAGACAAAAGGAAAAGGUUCUUUGGAAGUGCUCAGCUUGAAAGAUGUGGAAGAAGGAGAUGAGAAAUUUGAAUGAAAAUUUUUUACUGUCUCUUCACUUAUAAACACAACACUAAAAGGUGUUCUCACUUCCCUCGGCACUGUAACUCCUGGGUUUGGGUUUUGGGUUUUUUUUUUUCCCUGUCAAAUACUUGUUCAGGCGGCUUCCUUUGAUGUUUUCAUCCCAGUCUAUGUGUUAACCAAACGAGUCACUUAGGUACAGAAUAUUCAGUAUAAGGUGGAGAUGUAUACUGUGGGAUCAAGGCAAUCCCAGUUAUCAAGUUAGACUCCAUUAAAAGAAACGAGGAACUCUCCUGUUCUGCAUUCUGCCUGGGUAUCAGAUAGGCUCUUUGUGUCAUCUAUUUUUUGAUAACAGCCAUUCUUUGGUAACUUUACAUCCAUGAAAGUUGUCUCAGAGUUUACACUAAAAAUUCAUACUUCAGAAAUGCCCCUUGGCAGAAAGAUAUAGGCCUACAUCAUUUCUUCAUUAUAGAAUUUGAGUCAUUUUAAUUUGGCCUAAUAUUAAGCUGGGUGUUGGGACUCCCAAAAUGACACUGCUUUUACUAGGUGUGUAUAUAGACAGUUACUGACUAGGAGUCCAUCAGUAUUCUCAUUUAAUAAACAUGCUGCCAAAAUGUAAAAGACCAUCUUGGGUUUAAAAAAAAAGUCACUUCAUUAUAAUUUUUAAAAUUUAUAAUAUAUGUUAAUACAGAUGAAGUUAUAUGUAACAAAUAAAACCUCUAUUAUUUUUAUUACAAUGGCCUGUGUGUUUCUAAACGAUACCUUCCCAUUUUUGUCAGUUUUACAUUCUGUGUGAUCGCAGGACUGAGAAGUAAGCAUAACUCCUUUUGGACUUACAAAAGAAAAUGUAAUUAUUUAUUAUGAACACCCAACUUUUUUUUUAAGACAGACUCCUAAAAGAGAUUACAUUGCAGAAGAUAAACUAGAGCUUUACACAAAAGAGAUAUAUUUUAACAAAACAAUAUUUUUCCUUAGUAAUUAAGUAAAACAAAAUAAAUAAGCCCUAUGGUCAAGCUUUAGGUACUUCUCAAUCAUAUGGGCUGUACCCUAAUCAUGUACCAGACGUCCUAAUUAGGUCUUUCUCAGAAGAUACAAACAUCUCCCAAGACUAAAUCAUUUUAUACUAAAAUUGUUUUUGAGAAAUGUUUAUUUCAAGUUUUACAUUCCUUCUAGUAGGACCCAAUAUUCUUACUGCUUAGUAAUGUGUGGAAAGGAAUAUUAACGAAGGUAUUCAGCAUACACAAAGGGUGCCCAACAAGGUGGCGUCAACUUUACUGUUCUGUCCAAGAUUUCUUUUUGUAAUCCAUUGAAGUUUGCCUAUGAAACUGACAAAACUAUGUAGUUGGCAUUAAAUGCAAUUUUCAUUAACCAUAA